AUGAUAACAGACUAAAAAGUUAUUCAAAUCAAAAAUAUUUUUCUUAAGUAUUUUGAUGAAGAGCUAGCAAACAUAAUAACGAAUUUCUUAAUCAAUAAUGAUGAAUAUACCUAUAUAAAUUAUUUGGGAAGCUAAAGUAAUAACUCUCAUUUGUUUACGAGUGCUAAAAAAACUACAAAUCAAAAAGUAGUGUUAUAAUUUUUAUAAAAAGAUAUCUACUAAAAGCUUAAUAUUUAACAAACCAUACAAGAAUUUUAGUUAAAAAUUGAAUUGGAAUAAAUAAUAAUGUUUGAGUAUUCAUAUAAAUAAUGCAAUUUUAUCUUAAGUAAAAUACCUGAGAACAUAUUCGGUACAUAAUAUUGUCCCUCUGAUAACUUUAACUAUAAAGAAGUCUAAAAUCUAACCAUAUACCUAAUGUCAUCUACCAGUUCUAAUAAUUUAAUAUAUAACGCCUUGUAAAAAUUCGAUAACCUUUUAAUUCUCUCACUAAAAUAAAGAAAUUUGCAAAUAAUGGGCAAUUCUCUUGAAAAGCUAGGCAAUUCUGUUUCUAAAUUAGCUAAUCUUAGGCACUUACAUAUAAAUUUAAGUUAAAUAAAAGAUUGCGCAACUUUAUUACCUAAGUUUUGUGAUUCUAUAAAAUAAAAUAAAUAUCUUAGUCUGCUUGAAAUGAAUUUAACCUAAACAAAUAUGAACUCAAGUACAAUAUAAAAAAUAUCAAAGCAUUUUAUUGAAUACUAAAGUCUUUCUUUCUUGAUGCUAAAUAUAAUAUAAAACGACAUUAAAAAAGAAGGAAUCAAAGGAUUAUGUUAAAAUUUAGCUAAAUGCAAAAAUUUGGCACUAAUCUAUUUUUAUUUAAGUUAUGAGAAUUUAGUUGAUUUGGGAUAAGAAUUUAGAAAUAAUCAAACAAUCUAAGAAUUAUUUGUUCAAGCUGAUGUUUCUCAAAGCUGUGCUUUAUUUUAGGACUAAUAUAGCUUAAAAAAUCAAGCAAUAACAUCAAAAUUAUCUCAAUUUUUAAAUCUAAAAUCAUUUAGCUUUUGCCAAAUGAAAUUUUUAUCAGAUCUUGAAUUUAAUUCAUUUGCAAAUGGUUUGUCAAAGUGUAUAAGUUUAAAUAUCCUAAAUCUUCAUUUCAUGAAUAGCAAAAUCAGUACUUAGGGAAAAAUGCUGUUAGCUAAAUCUAUUUCAUAACUCGCAAAUUUACAAAGCUUAUUUUUAAAUUUUAAUAAUACAGACUUGAAUGACUUAGAACUGAAGUAUUUAAUUUAAUAAAUUUCUAAUUGUAAGAUACUUCACAAUCUUAAAUUGGAUGUAAGUAAUAGCUAAAUUAGAGAGAGUCAUAUAAUUGGGAAAUAUAUUCACCUAUUAGAAAACCUUUAAACUUUUGAGCUGAUUUGGAUUUUUGCAGAUCAAUAAACACUUAAUAAAAUAUAAUAAUAAUCUUAAAAAUCAAAAAGACUUACUAAUAUUUCAAUUAUUAACUAUAUAAAUGAUAGAGUAAAGCAAUAUAAAUAUUUUUAAUUAGCUGUUUGA